GUCGCGACUCGCGUCUUGGAACCAGCUCAUGAGCACCGUUUCUUAGACCGGCGCGGAACAUUCGAGAAGAGUGCAUGCCUGUGACACGUGUGCAUGACUGAUUGCCAGGGCAUGUUUUCAGUGCUCGAAAUCUGCCAGCAGUGGUGCAGAUGAGAAAUAAAUCAUUUACGUAAAUCAUGCAACGGUUGCAUAAUGAUCCGAAAUGCCUCCUAACAUGACGUUGCGCUGGCUGUCCCGUGACAUGACGUCAGCGCCAGCUCAUGACAUGUCAGACAUGUCAUGGAGGCCGACACGUGCAAGAAGUGCUGGCCCUUGGCGGCUCGAUUUCAGCGUUCUACCGUGGCGCGCAUGCGGCCCCGGCUUCGUUGGUUUGGUCUCGCCUUCUCGGUUUCUUGCUCGCGGGGGAGAGAAAGGAAGGAAGGAAAAAGGCGGAUUUGUGGAGGAAGAAAAGAAGAGGCUUGCGUUCCGCUUGCCAUCGACUCGUCGUGGGUCGUAUGCUUCCUUGUCAAGCAGGUUUGCUUUGCUGUGCUGAGUUAUCCAUAGCGGCCGGAUAUCGAUUAGUACCCGAUUGAGAGAGCUCUCGAGAGUUCGCUAAGGCUGUGUGUUACUGCCAGUAACGACGGUCGGAUCUCCUACUAGGUUACCAGGUUCGUCGCAAGCUCGUCGAUUGACUUCGUAGCUUGUUCGUAGCCUGACACGUCAGCAGCGCUACAACCGCCCAGCUCAUCCGCGCAACGCAGAAGCAUGGCCGCGGAAGUAGGGCGCGCGGGAGGCGCAACCGGCGGAGGCAGGGGGGAAGCAGAGCAGCAGCGCGCGCUGAUUCACGCGGAGAGGGGGAGGGCGCGGAGGGUGACUGCAGAUGAUGUGACUGAAAAGAAGCUGGUUGCUGUGAGCCAAGUGCUGGCGCUGCUGCCGAUCUCGCUCUUCCCUAAAGUCACAACUGUGCACGAGGUGACGGCCAACACAACCCUGUUCGACGCCAUCAAGCUGCUGUCCCGCCACAACCUCACGACCGUCCCUGUCAAAAGCAUUGCUGCCGAGGCCGCUGGCAGGGGCAGGGGGAGGGGCGGCGCAGCUGACGUGGAAAUGACUGAGUCGGAGCAGGCAGAGGAAUUAGGAGAGGAAGGAGGGGGGGAAGGAGGAGAGGGAGGAGGAGAGGGAGUAGAACCAACAGGGGUGGUGCAGGAGCCUGGGGAGGAGGUAGGAGGGGAGAUGGAGGAAGCGGAAGAGGAGGAGGAGGAGGAGUGGGAGCCGCAGUAUCUGGGGAUGAUGGAUCUGGCAGGGGCUGUCAUCCUCUGGGUCUUCGCCAAUCUCGAAGCAUCGUCUAUCGGGUUCGCCACAGCAUCCACCGUCGCCGCUUCGCUCGUCGGCUCCUUCGUCGCAGCAGCCGGGGCAGCCGCCCUCGAAGCCUCGGCCGGACCCGCAGCAGCCGCGCCAGCCGCCGGAGCUGUAGGCAUGGCAGCACUAGGCGGGCACGCAGCAACCGGGGAAGGCGCACCCGGCGAGUCAGCAGCAGCCAUGGCUUCCUCCCCUCGCACCGGCUGCUAUUUCUUUGAAGAGCUUCUCAAGAACGAAGCCUUCCAUGCCACUCGUGUCGCCGAUCUAGCUGGGUCGUUCCGGUGGUCGCCCUUUGUGUACCUCAAGCCGUCAGACACGCUGCUGACGCUCUUCCUGCUCAUGUCCAAGUACGCCAUCCGCUCCGUGCCUGUGCUCCCCCCGGGUGUUGGGUCGUCGAUUUCGACGGUGAUAACGCAGUCGGCAGCGGUGGGAUUUCUGUGCGAGUGCGACGGCAUGCCGUGGUUCAACUCCAUCGCGGACUGCACGCUGGCGCAGCUCGGCUUGCCCCUCAUGCAGCCUGAAGAGUUGGUCAAGGUGGAGGAGGACGCAGCAGUGACAGAGCCCUUCCGCCUGAUGAUGGAGCAUGACAUCGGAGGGGUGCCCGUGGUGGCCAAGGGUAGCAAUCGCAUCAUUGCCAACAUCAGCGCGAGGGACAUUCUUCACUUGGUCGGGACUCCAGAGAUCUUCAAGAGCAGGCAGGAAGUGUCCUUCACGGUGCGUGAUUUCAUCAGCGCAGCCAACGAGCCAAUUACGUCUGCGACUGAAGUGAUCUGGCCGGUCAUGACGCCCCCCAUCACCUGCUCGCCCUCCACGCCUCUCCGCAAUGUGCUCCAUGCGCUCAACCGCACCCACAUCCACCGCAUCUACGUCACCUCCCCCCUCCCCCUUGCUGCUGCUCCUGCUGCUACUGCUGAAGGUGCUGCUGGUGCUGCUGCUGGUGCUGAGGGUGCUGCGGCUGGUGCUGAGGCCACUGCUGGUGCUGCCAGUACUGGGCAACAGGAGGUGAUAGGGGUGGUGACUCUGAGGGAUAUCAUUGGGAAGUUUGCUGCCGUGCCAGCUGAUGUUGCUCUGGCUGCUGGCGCUGACGUGGGCAGGGGUGGGGAGGAGUAAGGACCAAAUAGGAGGUGUUUGGUGUUACUGUUGCAGUGAGAAGAGGGUUAUAGGCAGCUAGAGGUGAUAGAUAGGGGUGGUGACUCUGCGGGAAAUCUAUGGUGGGCUUGCUGCUGUGCUGCUGGUUGCUUACAUGGGCAGGGGUGGGAAGGAAAGAAACGAGUACGGGGGGUUCUCCUGUGGGGUGAGGCUUUUCUGCGGGAUUUGAUAGUGGGUUGGUUUGGAAAUUCGUGAAACGAUGUGGGGGUUGGCGGUGUGGGGGUUGAUUAAUCCUGGUGUUGGAGCGUGUUUGUCACGUACGUUU